AUGGACUUAGACGUCGACAUUUCGCGGUGGGUCCUGGAGCUUCUCCUCAGUGACCGCCGCAUGGACACCAUCGCCAAGCGAGUCCUCGCCGUCUCGCCGCUCCCCGUCCACCACGACUGGCGGUUGAAGAAGUCCCUCCUCCUCCGAACAAUCGAGUCCGCCAUCUACGACGACGUUUCAGUCACCGAAACGAUCCUCCAAGCCCUGGAGGACAUCGAGGCUUUGGACCGCCGGCAGGGGAUGAAGACCACGGCGGCCAUGAGGGCGGCGUACUGCGCCGUCGCGACGGAGUGCACGGUCAAGUUUUUGAUUUGCUUCGGGCGGAAGUACUUGGAGGCUGUGGAUCGGAUUUGGAGAAGUAGGGUUAGGGUUUUGGAGAGUGAGAGGAGCGAGCUGGUUACGGCAGAGUUGAAAGAGAGAAGGAAUGAGGUGGAGGCUGGGAUUUGGGAUAGGGAUGUUUCGAGAAAGCUAAAGAGGAUGAAUACUAGAAAUGAUGCCCUGAGAUUGGUUGCGGCGUAUGUGAAGGAAGCUUGGGAUUCGAUGGGUCCUCCGUUUCUUGCUUGGGCUGUUAAAUUUGACAUGGCUAAAGAAAGUGAUGGGUGUGGAAAGGAGGUUCGAAUUGCGAGUGGGAAUGAAUUGAAGGUGCAGAAAUCAAAUGGGGCCGAUUUGGGUGAUGGAUUUAAACCGGAGGCGAAUGGGGAUAAUGUGGGUGAUGGGUGUAAAGCAGAGGUGCAAAUGAAGAGGGAUACUAAGGUUGAUGUAAUUGAGGUGGCGUUGACAAAAGGGGAUGAUGUGGGUGUUAGGAAAGAGUUGAAGGGGCAAAGGGAAAUUGGGGCUAAUGUUAGUGAUGGGUCUGGGGUAAAGGCGCCAAGGGAGGCGUGGCGAGUGGGGAAAUCUAAUGCAGGUGAGGUGACUGUGGCUAUCCCCAAGUUUGGUGGUCUGUUUGGUUUCCAUAAAGGGAAUGGUAUUCUGCAGGCAGUGAGGCCUGGGAGAUCAGCACCUAAUGUGAACCGUGGUGUCCUCAAUUUCGUACGUGCAACGAAAGAGAGAGAAAUUCCAUGUGCUGUGCCACUGAGGCACAAGCAUGAACCAGUUAACAUUAGAGAUACUGAAUAUGUGGGCAGGGAUGCAUCGGAUGGCAUACAUAAUGACAUAUCCACUGAAGUUAGAAAAGUGCAACAAGAACUUAAGUCCGGUGUUAUUGCUCUAAAAGCUGUAGUGACAGACCCACUUCCUUAUGAUUUGCGUGUGCCGGAAGUUGUAAAAUCUGAGCUGGAAGUGAAUCAUGUAAGUGUAGAAGAUGGUAUAAAAAAUCCAUCUGUUGAAAAGAACGCUGAGCCUGAUCAUUCUACUUGUGAUACUCAUGGAAAUCUGACCUCCAGUGAUCAGAAGGAUGUGCCCCAAGCUACUACUGGAAAAGAAUAUGAUGCACCAAGUUUGUCCGUUGACAAGGGAAAGGCCACUGAGUAUGUUCGAAGUGGUGAUCCCUAUCCUGGAGAUCUUUGUUGCAGUAAUCAGAAAAGCGGUCCUCAACCUGGCUUGAUGAAACGUAAUAGUACUGCUCAUACUUACAAGUGGGAUGACUCGCUAGGCAUGUCACCUGAAGGAACAGUUAAGGGCAAGCUUCACCUACCUAUUCCAAUACAGAAUGCUGAUUCUCUGCUGAAUAAGGGUGAGGCUAAGAGGAGAAAAGUAAAGAGAUGGAGCGUACAUGAAGCAGACACGUUAAGGACUGGCAUCAAGGAGUAUGGCAAUGGCAAUUGGAAGGUUAUCUUAGAUGUUUACAGAGAUGUAUUUGAAGAAAGAACUGAGGUCGAUUUAAAGGACAAGUGGAGAAACAUGUCAAAGUAG